CAAAGCAAGAGGGACCCGGCACAGCAGAAAUGGAGAUGUUGCAAGAGCUUUCCGAGCUCUAUUUGAACAGCACUCUCCAGAAUGAUUACGCAAACAACAGUAACGUCACCAACCACACCGGUAUCACCUACUACCCUUACUACCAGCACUCUCUACCUGUGGCUGCCGCUCUGACCGUGGCCUACCUCUUCAUCUUCCUGCUGUGCAUGGUGGGAAACGGCUUGGUGUGUCUGAUUGUGCUGGAGAACCGGCGGAUGAGAACAGUCACCAACCUCUUCAUCCUCAACCUGGCUGUGAGCGACCUUCUGGUGGGCGUUUUCUGUAUCCCGACAACCCUGGUGGACAAUCUCAUUACAGGUUGGCCGUUCACAAACACAGUGUGUAAGAUGAGUGGUCUGGUGCAGGGCAUGUCCGUCUCUGCCUCUGUGUUCACUCUGGUGGCCAUCGCAGUGGACAGGUUCCGUUGCAUUGUGUACCCCUUCCAGCCCAAACUCACCCUGCUGGUGGCCAAAGUGACCAUAGUGAUGAUCUGGGGGCUCGCGGUGGUGAUCAUGUGUCCGUCGGCGGUGACGUUAACCGUGAAGAGAGUGGAGCAUCACUACAUGGUCCACGAUGAAGACUACAACCGCACAUACCCGCUGUUCUCCUGCUUCGAGAACUGGGCCAGCCCACAGAUGAGGAAAGUCUACACCACCGUCCUGUUUGCGCACAUUUAUCUCAUUCCCCUCACCCUGAUCACGCUCAUGUACGGACGCAUCGGGAUCAAACUCUACACCACCUCGGUGAUCUCUGGGAACGAUCAGCAGGAAAGCGGACAGUCUCACGGAGCCCAGCAGGAGAGAAGGCCGCUCAUUUCCCAAAAGAAGAUCAAAGUGAUUAAGAUGUUGAGUGUGGUGGCGCUUUUAUUCACGCUUUCCUGGCUGCCUCUCUGGACUCUGAUGCUCCUCACCGAUUACGGAGGUCUAAAGGAAGACGAGCUGGAUCUUCUGAGCGGCUAUGUCUUCCCAUUCGCUCACUGGCUGGCGUUUUCCAACUCCAGCGUCAACCCUAUUAUCUACGGCUACUACAAUGAGAACUUUAAGAGGGGUUUUCAGUCGGUGUGCAGAACGCAUUCGUGCUGCUUUGACGGGAUGAAGGCGGGGAGCAGACCGCGACGGAAAUCCAGAGGAGAUGUGAAGGAUCCUGUGGUCAGUUCCAACCCCUUGGCUUUUGGUGGAAGGAACCGGGUUUACACCGACGGCGAUGGGAAGGACUCCAGGACUUGUCUGGAGUUGGAGCACAGGAGAACCGGUCGGCUUUGUAAUAACUCGGUCUGCUCAAACGAGACAGGAUCCAGCGCAGGAUCUGGGACAAAAGGGGUCACAAACCAAAAAGUGUUUCAGAUGGAGGAGGCGGAGAAAAUAAGUCCUGUCAGGGUGGGUAAAAACCAAGCCUGGGACCAAUAGAUGGAUUAUUCAUGCCAACACAUGACUCCACGGAUCUUUAAAUGAAUCAAGUGGACGAUUAGAUCAAGUUAGUCCUAUAAAGCUGCUUCAUGAUGCCACAGAAGAACGUUUUUUUUGUCUAAAUGGUGCCAUAAAGAACCUUUAACAUCUGAAGAACCUUUCUGUUUCACAAAAGAUUCUUUGAGGUGAAAGAAGGUUCUUCAGAUUAUAAAAAGGUAAGAAAGAGAUGGUUCUUUAAAAAACCUUUGUCUGAAUGGUUCUUCUAUGGCAUCGCUGCGCUGUGUAAAGUCCUAAAAAAUCUCUUCUGCGAAAAAUAUUUCUUUCUUAAAGUCUCGGUGGCCGAGAGAGCUCAAAACGCUGAGACUUCAGAAAACACCAGCAAAUUAACAAAACACCUUCAUCAGUUUGACAGCACAUGCGCUGCAAAAACUCACAGCACAAACAAAUCAAGAAACAAGCUGCAAAUGCGUGCAAGCAGCACAGACCACAACAAAAUACCACAACAACAUGAAAAUUAACCAUGUUUUUGGAUGUAUUUAUUACCAUUUGUAUAUCACAAUACCAUGGUUAAACUAUGGUUAGUGUAGUAAACCCAUGGUUAAUUUGUGCAUGGUGGAACUAUAGUUACUAUUUUUCUGUUUUUUAUAUAAUAAAUAUAUUUAUUAAUUAAUUUUAAUAGUAAAACCAUAGGCUAUGGUUAAUUUUUGACGUUGUAAAAGUAAGUCAGCCAGCUUACAUAAUGUUUCACAUUUACAGUAAUUAUGCAUUUUGUCAGCUUAUAGGGUAAUAAUAUUAAAUAAAUAAAAAAUAAAUAAAUAAAAAAAAGAGCAAAGGAAUCGUAUGAUCAGGAUGUUAAAAUAAACAGAAAUCUCACCUGUCAAAGCAAAUAUUGAUAAAUGUGUGACCCUGGACCACGAAACCAGUCAUCUUUACUUAAUAUCCUAAUGAUUUUUGGCAUAAAAGAGAAAUGGAUAAUUUU